GGUUGGAAACACGGGGGGAUGAAAAUGAUGGCGACCGUAGCAGAGGAGAUAAGAACCCACACAAGCCCCCGCCCCGUCCCCGACAGCAGCCUCAGCACUGUGUCCAUCCAAAUCAGGCGGAAGCACCAGGAUAGACAGUGGAGGCUGCGCUUUGUUUACCUGCAGUGCUAUUUCUUGACCAUUGCAACAAUACUAGGAACUGGAAUCUUAGGUCUUCCAGUAACAAUAGCCCACGCCGGACUGGUGCCUUUCCUUGUCUCCUUUCUUAUUGGCUUUUUUGUCCAGGGCUUGCUCAUCUACCUGUUUGUAGAGCUUCUUCAGAAAUGUCAGGUGGUGCAGCUGGAAUCUUUAAAGGCGGAAGUGGCAGAGUGUAUUGUGAUGAAUCGGGUGUGUGUGGAGGAUCCAGCUCUCACAGAGGAUGAGGAUGAAGAUGAGGGUGAAAAUGCAGAAGCAGAUACAGGUUUGCUGCAGCCGGAUGCAGUUUCUCUGCACAACGAGGAGGAAGGAUUUCAGCCUAACCUUCAUCUGCUCGGCCACAUUUUCCUCUCGCGGCCCAUGAGCCACGCCUUCAACUUCAUCCUCCUCUUCCAGUUUAUUUCUAUUGGGAUUAGUUAUGUCUUGGCUGGCAGUGAGGCCUACGCUGCUCUUCUUAAUGUCAGUCACAUAUAUGUGAUUCCGGCCUUCACCUGGAUUCUGACUCUCGCUAUUUUACUGGGACACACAGUCAUCAAGCCAAUCACGUCCGUGCUCACCCUGCUGAAAGGAAUCCUGCUCAUGGUCACGGUGGCUGUGACAUUUGCAGUGGGGUCAGAGGUCGGCCUUCAGAGCAGCAGUGACUUCAGUCAGAUGGGGAAACCUUUCCUAAUGGGCACAGUGGCGCUGGGGGGGAUUGUAAACGUGAUGCCUUUGCUUUUCUCACAGAUCUCGCACAACAAAACACAGAUCCUGUGGUUUCGUCGAGCAGUUCUUGGCGGCCUGACAACCUGCACUGUACUCAACAUCCUCUGGUGCUGGGCAGUGCUGGAAAUUGUUCCCCAAACAUCUUUACCAGAGUUGCGGACGGCAGUUGGGACGAAUACCCAUCUUGAAUCCAACAGCACACCUGGACCUGCACACCUUCUGAUAUACUCCAACAUCUCACUAGAGGAGUCUGAGAAAGCAGGAGAGAUUGCAACCAUCCCACUGACAAAGAUUAUUAAUGAACGUUACAGGGCGUACUCCUGGGUGGCUGAGCUGAUACAGGUGUUUAUGGCCAUCAGUGUCACUGUGUCCUUCCUGGUGAUGGGAUCUGCCAUGAAACACACCAUUGAUGGUCUGGUGAGCUCGAUGUGGAGCAAAAGGCUGGAGUGGCUGUCUAAAGCCUGGGAGAGAAAUCUGCCAAACAAACACCACAUCUGCUCGGCAAGAAGCUUGGCCAAAGGAUUCAUGUCCCUGCUCGCAUUUCUUGCCAUCUUUAUCGUGUCAGUGUUUGAUCCCAGGGGUUUUAUUGUCAUGUUGGACAAAGUUGUGUCGUUCUCUCUCAACACUGAAGUGGGACUGUUUGUCUUCAUCAUGCUGAGAGAAUCCAGAGAGGACAGAUUCCAACACCUCGCAGUCCCUCUUCCCGUGGGCGACUGCAUCUUCAGCCUCACUUGGCUGCUCCCCACCUACUUCCUGUUUGCUGUGACUUACGACGUCCUGCAGACGCUGGCAGACGUGGCUCAUUACCUGCAUUUCUACAGCCCCGGUCAGGAAGCACAUUACCAGAAUCUGAGCAUGAGCAUCCCAGCAGUCAAUGUCUCUGCGCUGCUCUGAUCCAAUGAUUCAAGAAACAAGAGAUGGACCACAACGGGUUGAAGUUGCCAAAAAUCUGAUGCUUAGCAAGAGCUUCUUUUUUUUCUCUUGUAUUCACAUUUAUCAAGCUCUUGAUGUAAUCCUAAAAGUUUGAAUUUAGGCUUGUUUGUUUUUGCGACGCACCCUCCCAUGAUCACCUAACAAUCUUACAGUGCAGCGGUAGGGGGCGCCCAAGUCUCAGUUUCUUCAGGAGCUUUUUCCAUGAGAACAGACCUGUAGGUGUCUACAGGAUCCAAGCAAAUAUUGUCAGAGUAAAUAUCAAUGAUGUAAACGAGUCUCUCUCUGCCUCCCUCUCACCAGGGUUGCCAGGUCUGUGUGACAAAAACAGAACAAUUACUAAAAACAGGUCCACCACCCAGGGGACAAAACUAAACAGUAGUCCAAGUCUACAUGGAAACAGUUAAUAAUACUCAGACAUAUGGAUGGGGGGGGGGGGGGUUGUGCCAUUAUAACCUACUGAAGGAGACAGGUGACAUUUACAUGAUAAGAGUAAACUUGGUCACCCACACCAUGUGACAAUUACAUAAUCCAUACGUACAUCCCCAAACAUCAGUGAUGAGUAGGUCAUCGCCUUUUUUAGUUUGAAUUUAUUCACAAUACAACUUCUAGUCGGAAUAUCAAUUUUUCAUUUGUAAAAACAAUACUCACUAACUGAAAACUGCAAGGAUACAGUAGCAAAUUCAUAUGAAUAUAUAAUAUAGAUAUCUAAAUAAUAGACCACAAUGCUGUUGCUGUCCAAGCUUUUGUGUCUAUAUGUUUGUUUGAACGACAGGUCGAGCAGACACAAGAACUUAAUUUACAAACAGGUAAUGAAGUAGUGAACAUGCAGUUUAAAAACACAACCACUGUAAUUGUUAUUACUGUAUAUAUAAUUGUAUAUCGACACAUAUAUACAAACAUUUUACUGAAAUACUUGAGACUAUAUAUAAUAUGCUGUAAACUGAGCCACUAUCGAUAUACUAUAAAGAGUAUUUAAAAUUUCAACUAUUAAAAUCUAAAUUAUUUAUUUAAUUAAUUAUUCUAUUAUUAACUUCACUUCUUUAAGCUCUGUCAUCAUGAAAUCGGUGACUUUUAUAGCUUAUAAUGUUUUGGGGAAAUUAUUAAUGACUUGAAUAGUUUCUUUACUAUAAUUUGUCACCAAAAACCUUAACAGUUAGUUUUCAAGUGCAGUUUUCCAAACUUCUCAACAUUUUUACAUUCACGUAAUGACCCUUUGAACGGGGGGGAGCCUUAUUAUUCUCCACGCCUCAUCAGUAUUCACAGUGAAACAUUUGGUUCCCUUUGGAUUUAGACAAGUUCAAAUGCAUGUUCAGAAAUUCAGGAAGAUUUGAUUCAGUCAUGCUCUCUCUGGAUUUCUCCUCCCAACACACAAAUGUGUCUUGACGUAAAAUUAGAAAAUGAAAUUGCUUAUAAAGUGAUAUAAUCAAGUGCAUAAUUAUGUUCCUCUUUACUCCAAAAUGGCAUUGCUCAAACAUGGCACUGGUAAAUGUUCCCAGUUCCAGUCUCCAGUCCAAAGGUGUGAAACGUCUUUGGCGGACGCUACUGUUCUGUUCUGAUUUCAGCAUCAGUCUCAUUAAGUCUAAUUAUUGUCUCAUCUGCAAUGGGAUCAAAUAAAUUACAGGAAAAUUUAUUUGAUCCCAGCAGUCAUGGCUCGCAACCGGAGUGGAGCCAGUGUUCAUUUGCAAUCAGUGUUAAGUUAGGAGGGAAAAAUCCAAAUGGCUCCAACUUCCUUUGUAGAUUUGAAAUAAUACAUCAUCCCCUUUUCACCCACUUUGAAAAUCCCUGCUUUAUAAAACACAGAGAGAAAGAAGCAUGUUUCUUUCUGAUCACGUUGUUUUCUGCUGCGCACCACAGAGUUUACCCGCAUGUAGACAUCAACACGAGGACGCUUCAAGCUCUGUGAAUCAACAUUAUAUCGGUUUAUUCAAUUCAUUCAAAUAAAUUGAUUUUGACCUGAAUAAAACUUGCUGGUGAUAUGAGUAUUCUUAUUUCUGUUGGGACCUGUGAGGUACAAUAAGAGGCCAGGUCUCCCUCUUCUACAAUCCUACCAAGGAGGCAGGCGGCCAGCUCUCUUCUCCUGCAUCGCCGAGGGGGAGCCUGGCUGCUCCAGCACAUCAUCUCUUCCCAUCUAGGAUUGGGGCGCAAAGGUGCAGCUUCC